AUGGCGCCCAAAGAGCUCAACUUCAUCACGGGCAAUAAGAACAAGCUUGCCGAAGUGCAGGCGAUCCUCUCCGCCACACCCGUCAAGCUACAGUCGCAGGCGGUCGAUCUGGUGGAGAUACAAGGCACGAUCGAAGAAAUAUCGAAGGAUAAGGCACGGCGAGCGGCUGAAGUGAUAAACGGACCAGUACUGGUAGAAGACACAUGCCUCUGCUUCAAUGCGUUUGACGAACUACCUGGUCCUUAUGUCAAAUGGUUCCUCGCCGCCCUCGGCGUCCAACAAUUCCACAAACUCCUCGCCGGCUUCGACGACAAGUCCGCACAAGCGGUCUGCACUUUUGCGUACUGUGAAGGACCUGGAAAGGAACCGACAGUGUUCCAGGGACGGACGGAUGGCAAGAUCGUGCCUGCGCGAGGACCUACACAUUUCGGCUGGGACGCCUGCUUCGAGUACGAAGGACAGACGUACGCGGAGAUGCCGAAGGAGGAGAAGAACAAGAUCUCACAUCGUGGCCGGGCGCUGGCGAAGUUGGUCGAGUGGCUGAAGCAGGAGGUUUAA